AUGGAUGCCUUCUCCUACGAGCAGGCCUGCAAAGCAACGGCCGCUCUGCGGAUCGAGCAUGACAUUGAAGCCAAGGCGCGGGAAGGGCCCAAAGUCGACCCAGGACCACGGACUUCAGAUAUGACAGUUGGAGAGGCAUUGCAAGAAAUCGAAGACAACAUGAUGAGUGAGAAAUUCUGGGUGGAUUUGGGACAAGGAGUCUUCCAGACCAGAAAAGCUCUCGAGGAGACUUCAGAGGAAGGGCGGAAGAAAGCAGAAGCCUGCCUCAAGGAGGUCUCUGACCAAAUCAAAGACCUGCAGAGCAUGUACUUUGCGAAUGAAAGGAAUGUCAUUGAGCAGAUUCGCUCAUUGUUCGAACGCGAGGAGGCGGUGACUCUCGGGACGAGUCUUGCAGGAGUGAGGACAACUCGCUCAGAAGGUGUGCAGCUCAGUGGUCGAUCUCGUAGUUCUUGGGGGGCGAGACCAGAGGCAAAAAAAGCUCACGCCGCACAGGGCUUUGUGAGGUGCCACCCGUUCAGCCACAAGCGAGGCGCGAAGCCGAAGGGUCUCGGACCCAUAAGCACCCCGGGCUGCCGGUAUCAUGAGAAUCGCUUGCGCGAACAUCGUUUAUCACUUUUUCUGCUGUGA